CUUUCAUUCCUAAUAUAUCUAGCGACCAAGUGAGAGGAUAGUGAUUAAUUUGAGACAAAGAUUUUUUAUUUCGUAUAUAACUCAUAUACUAUAGGUUCAUCAUGAUACAUUUUGACAAGUGUUGUUUUUGCGUGCCGCUGCGGACCGGGUGUCUGAUCCUGGGAUAUUUACACCUGAUAGGAUCAAUAAUCCAAGCGGUGUUGACUAUAAUGGCUCUUGUAUCCAUUGCCUCCCUGGCCGACAUUGUAGGCAAGCUAGGGAUUGACCGCAGCGUCGUAAACGGAGCGAUAGCUAUCUCCGUCAUUAUUCUUCUACUAGUUCUUUUCUUGCUUGCCUUCGCCAUAGUCCUGGUUGUUGGGUUACAUAAGGAGUACCGCGGUCACGUGAAAGCGUACCUGAUAUACUACCUGGUGUUCCUCGUGCUGUACAUCAUCAUGUACGUCGUGAGUCUGGCGACGCAGGCCUUGAACUGGGGCUACACCAUCGGCACUUUAAUACAAAUAUUGCUCAGCGUGUAUUUCCUCCUUGUCAUUCACAGCCAUUGGGUCGACAUGGCUGCCGGUAAUUUACACGGGGCAUAAGCUUUCCCGGAAACGAACCUGCGACUUUCCACCUUUAAACUUAAAAUUAGAUCCAUUAUCGUCUAAUAUAGGCUUAAGUCAGCUAUUGACGGUCAAUUAUUCUCACGUUUCUGCAGCGCAAACGGCAGCGAAGACGUUUUAUAAGUCGAGCCGUCAUGCACGCAGCGAUCAAUACUCUAUCAAUUAUAGUCGUGGGUGCUGCAGAAACGUGAGAAUAAUUGAUCGUCAAUGGCGUGCGUUAGGGACUCGUUCAUUUAUAUACAAAGUACAAAAUAUUAAUUUGUCUAAUUUUAAUGUGAAUUUUAAGAAUAAAAUGUAUGUGUUUAUAAGUUAGGUGUGUUUUUAAUAAAAUAAAUUUAAUAUUUUUUUUAAAAA